AUGGCUCCCAAACAAGAUGACCCCCUAACCUUCACCGAAGUCGACGAGGUCGGCCAUCCAACAGCCACAUACAUCUAUUCCAAAUCAAACAGUGGACGAUCGACAACAGGACGGAUUGAUGUACUGCAUCCUCCCUACUCAACCUCUUUGUCAUGGUCAAUCGCUGCACUCCAGAAUCUCCUCGUUGAGGUCUUUCUGCCUGCUGGGUACCCGCACAGCGUUAGUGAGGACUAUGUUCAAUAUCAAAUAUUUGACUCUCUCCAAGCAUUCUGCAGCUCAAUAGCUGGCCUUCUAUCUUCAAGAGCAGUACUACAAGGCGUCGGAGUCGGCAAUGCCAGCGCAUCGCCCACAUCGGCCUUACUCCUCCACAUCCUGCAAGACACCUCCGGCAGGAUCGCCACGAUUCUCUUCGCGCACCGCGUGGGCACCGCGCUGGAGCCAGAAUGCAAAAUGUACCGGCUUGCAGCCGACGUGUUCAACGACUUUGCUAUGAUCCUGGACUGUCUUUCGCCGAUGAUCCCUUCUGGCAGUUGCCGUGUAGGUGUGCUCAGCACCGCGGGGGUGCUGCGCGCUCUCUGUGGAGUAUCCGGGGGGAGCUCAAAAGCCAGUUUGAGUGCCCAUUUUGCGAAAUGGGGGAAUCUCGCUGAGGUUAAUGCUAAAGACUCGUCUCAAGAAACCGUCAUCUCGCUGAUUGGAAUGCUCGUCGGCUCCCUUGUGGUAUCGCAUAUCACCAGCUACACCGCAACAUGGAUCUCCCUGAUCACACUCCUAACGGUGCACCUGGGCAUGAACUACGCCGCCGUACGCGCCGUCCAAAUGACGAGUCUGAAUAGACAGCGAGCAAACAUUGUGUUCUCCACCUUGUUGGAUUCUGAUCUACCCCAUGCACUAGACACAACUGCAUCAGAGACAACCCCAGCCCCAAACACAACAGCAACAGCAACAGCAACAACCCCAACAAACCACCUCCCGCAUUGGCAAAUCUGCACACCCGCCCAAGCCGCCAAGCAAGAACGGAUCUUCUCACGGGGCAGUAUCCUAAACUGGACCACAGCCCAAACGGUCUCAACCGUCGGAACGUGCGAAAUCGGCCUAUCCCUCCACCAAUUCAUCACGUCCCAUAAUCAUUACACCUAUGAUGUAACACCAAAAAGCACAACCUCGCUCAAAACACCUCUCCCUCUUCCACGGCUCACAGAACUCUUCACGGAUGAACCCUACCUCCUCUUCUUGAGCCGCAGCACCAAAUCCACCUGGCACGCGACCAUCUGCCUCAAACCAACAAGCACCACCAAAGACCAGCUCAAAGCAUGGAUGCAUGCUCUUCUUUGCGCACGGUUGCUUUCUACUCCCUCUACCUCCCCUUCCAUCUUCCCUUCUACAUCUACCUCCACCCCCAAACCCUCCCACCCCAACCCCACCACCACCACCAAUAGCACAGAAGAAACAGCCCCAGGAACAGAAGAAACAGAAGAAACAGAACCCGUCUUGAAAACACUAACCCACACCCUCCACUUCCUAAACACAGCAUCCCGCUUCAAGACCUACCUCUCAGCGCUAGCAGCCACAGGAUGGGAUCUGGACGUCGCGGCGCUAGAAACCCAAUCCGGUCGGCGGGUAUCGUUUUCCCGAUCUUUGCCUUCUACUCCUACUUCUACUUCUACUUUUUAG